AUGUCGCCAAUCUCUGUCCAAACCAUGAUCCAACACCGCCAUUGUGACCCGUCUUUUUCCCCACUUAACCAGACAAGAUGGUGUUCCCCUGUGAUGAGCGGAGGAGGAGGGGGGUCCUCUGGUCUGCCUGGCACUGGGCACAAUCUUACAAGGUGGUUGACCACUGCCACACCCGAGAUGCAGACGUUCUACCAGCCCCGCCACACCAUCAAUCACCCUUCAGAUCUCUACCUGGACCCGACCCUGAUGCAGCGACGCGUCCUGGAAGAUCAAGUGGAGCUUUGGUGGUUCAGAGAGCCACGCCAUUCCCUUUUGUGUUACUGUGCCUCAGUGGCCCUCAUAGUGGGGCUGGGGCUGGGUGGCGUGGGCCUCCUCUCCUCCACCACCACCAGCCUGUCUGGCGAGUGGCGCCUUGGGGUGGGUACGACCCUCUGCUUAUUAGCCCUGGCUGUUUUGCUCAAGCAGCUUCUCAGCUCUGCCAUACAGGACAUGAACUGUGUGCACAGCCGACGUCGGAUCGACCAGCUGAAGAGCGGCGGGAGGGCUGACCCAGCGCUGAUCUUAGCUGUGGGGCUGGCAGUGAUGCUCUGUGGGACAGUGCUUCUCUGCGUAGCCACAAUUGGCAACCAAGGUCAUGACAGCAGGGAAAUGUUGGUGUCUAGUAUGGUGCUGAUGGCUGCUGGGACAGGCAUGGCUCUAGCUGUGGUGGGCUACAGUGUGCUAAUCUACCUUAAAAGAAGAAGGGAGCAGAGGAGGAUGAUGAUGAUGAGAAUGAGCAGAGUGAGGAGGUUGGGCAGCCGAGCUGUCAGGGUGUUCAGUGUGUCAGGAGGACAGACGAGCCAGGCCAGGAGAGAGACAUCCUCCAGCAGGACCAGCCUGAUCUGA